CAUGGUUAUGCUGAGGGCAUAACGUCAACGCAGCAGUCGAUCUCGCAACAGCAGAAAUUUGUCGAAUUGGAAAUCAUUGUCUCAAUAAUCGGCUGACUUUCGUACGGCUAGUCGCUGACACGCUCUGCCCGCACGAUCCGCGCAGACCCUGUCUGGCUGUCCAUCUCAGCAUUCCAAUCACGAACGAGAUCCGCGAGACCCCGCUGACGAAGUGGUCGCCGCAUCUUGAACCCGUGACCGUGAUCGCCUUGCACAUCGACGGAUGGCGACGGUCGCCGUGCAACAACAAUGACGGCCGUUCAGCCCUCGCGCGAGCAGAUGUCUGCGAUGGAGGACAUACACGGUGUUGACGUUUCCUGGCUGCACAACUCGACGAGAGACCACCACCACCGCACGCAGGCACCGUCGUCACCGGGCCUGACCAGGGAUGCUCCGCCAAAGACAUCAUCCCACGGCGGGCUGCCCACUGGGCCGCAGCAGAGCCACGGUGAACCUGCAGCGCCUACACCAGCGAAGGCGCCGGCCGUCCAGAGGCCUGCCUCGCCGCCUGCGCCCGCGCCUGCAAGCAGCGCGACAUCGACGCCCCAGAAGAUCCCCCCCAAACGACCGACAAUGCUCAGCCGAGGUAGCGACGUGCGGAACGGCGGCACCACACCGCCAGACUCCAAGGCCAGCUCGCGGCGCAACUCGUGGAUCUCUAGCAUAAGCUCCAAGUUCUCGUCGCAGAACCCCACUGCCCAGACCACACACACCCAGGCCCAGGGGUCGCCGGCGGCUGCGAACGGCGCGCACGGCCAUGCGCCCUCAGCCAACGGCGCCCUCAAUGGCAUACAGCAGGCUGCUGGAGGUAGCCCAGGACUUGAGCCGUACGUGCCCCAGGCACCCAAGGCGAACUUCCUGUCCAAUGCGCUGCGAAGGCUGUCCUCUGGUACACAGGUUGGCACUGCCGGCAAGCUCUACCCCAACGGCGGCAUGUGUCCUAGAAGGGUCAUGAACGUCGACAAGAACCGCCAGCGAUGCCUGGUGCCCGAGCUGGACCAGAACAAGCUGCGCAAAGUCGCUUUCUGCGUCGAUGUCGAGAUUGCGGGCGGGCCCAAGUAUAAGGACGACCUGGACAAGGACGACAGGAAGAAGAAAGCAAAGGACACCAAGGUUAAGGAACGCGGUGAGGGCGAAGCGCUGAAGCAUCCCACCGCUGUAGUCGAAGCGAAGGAGACCGCUGGUGUUGUCGCCGCUGCACAAGAAGCUGUUGGCACCGAGCAGGAACCACAUCCAGAGGGCACAGUACUAGAUGACGAUCAGCAAGAGCCAAACAAGAAGAAGGAGAAAAAGAAGCGGUCUGAGGCAGAACGAAAGGAGCGCAAAGAGAAGAAGCGCAAGAAAGCUGAGGAGAAUGGCUCGAUACCUAUGGAGCUCAUCAGAGACGAAGGCGACCUCAGUGCAGACGGCCGCUGCGCUGCGCCAGGCACCAGCACUCCCCCCAGACCCCAGGACCGACCCACAAUCGACCCUCUGCGCAUCUACCGAAGAUGCUGCCAACUCCGCGAAUCGCCCAUCUUGAAGCGCAUUAGCGAUCAACUUUCGAGCCUGUCUGCGUGCUCAGUAGCACACCCAGGAAUGGUAACUUCACUGGAUCUCACAGGGUCGAGGCUACAGCUCGCGGAUGUACUGACAUUAUCCGACUGGCUCGCUAUCGUGCCAGUAAAGAAGCUAUUGCUGGAAGAUGCCGAUUUGAAUGACGAGAAGAUCAGAGUCAUCCUUGCAGGGCUUCUUGCAGCCAAAAUGCCGCCUACCCCUCGACACAGUUCUGACGAGGAGCCCAGCGACACACAUGGAUGCGCAAUCAAGAAGCUGGUCUUGAAGAACAACGCCAAGGUCGGAGCUGAGGGAUGGAAGCACAUUGCACUGUUCACAUACAUGUGCAAAUCUGUCACUGCUUUGGACGUGUCGAUGAUACCGUUCCCUAAACAGCCCACUCAGGUACCUUCGCAAUCAGCUGCGUCGCCGCCUGCAAAUGGAACGCCUCUUACGUCGCCUGCUAAGGAUACGAAAACAAGGGACGUCGCAGAAAUUCUGUCAAAAGCAAUUUCCGAGCGCUUGGGUGGCUCAACGAUGCAGGAGCUGCUUAUGGCAGACUGCGGUCUCACUUCGCCAAGUACAAGGAAGAUUAUUGAUGGCUGUAUCAUCAGUGGCGUGAAGCGUCUCAGCCUUGCCGAUAACGACAUUGAUCGCGAAGGUCUGGAGCACGUACAACACUACAUCCGCUCAGGAGUGUGUGAAGGCAUUGAUCUUGGCGGUAACGACCUGCGCGAAUGGAUACCUCAGCUUUGCCAGAGUCUGGGCAAGGACAACAUGGUCUGGGCCUUGUGUCUUGCCAACACUGGCUUGACCAAAGACCAUCUCAAGAUGUUGUUCCCUGUUCUGGUCAACCUCCCGUCUCUUCGAUUCCUGGAUCUGUCGCGCAACAUGGACCUCUUCGAUCAGACUGCCUUGUGCUUGUUGCGGAAGUACAUUCCUCAAUUCAAAGAGCUGAAGCGCCUGCAUCUUCAGAACGUUGGCCUGAAACCUGCAGACGCUAUUGCUAUCGCCGAAAUUCUACCAGAUUGCCCACACAUUGCACAUAUCGAUCUCCUCGAUAACCCAGCUAUCGCUCUUGUGGCCACGUCAACAGACGAAGAGACACAAGAAGAGGCUGCGGCGAUGUUUGCUUCGCUGACGCUUGCGGCCAAGCUGUCUCGGACGCUCAUAUGCGUCGACAUCGAUGUUCCAUCGCCAGAGAUGAAUGAGGUCGUCAGGGCGCUGGCUAAACAGGUCGUGGCCUACUGUCUUCGGAACAUCGAGUCGAUCAACGAAGUACCUGAGCUUGGUGGUGUACCAAGAGAAGUUGAGCUUCCUGGCGUACUUGCCCAUCUGGUAGGACCCAACGAUGACAGUGACGCUGACGGCACCAUUCAAACUGCGCCGGAUAACGACUAUAUCGUUGGAGGAACAGGCAUCGUUAAGGCUCUCAGCUACUGCUUGUCUCACAAGGAUGCGGAUCUGCGCAGAGGAUCACAGAUUGCUAGUGGUACUGUCACUCCGCGCAGCCGCGCCGACGUUGUCGAGGAACCUAGUAGGGCAAGGGUCAUGUCGAAGAACCUGCUCGAUACAGCACGCAACACAAGAUCAAGGAUCCAGCCUGCACUUAUUCGCGAAGCGAAGGGCGGCAACGACUUAAACUACCGCCGCCUCCUCUUCCUCGACCAAACCCUCGAAGGCAUGAUCCAACGCUUCGAAGACGAAUACCCCGAAACGCGUCUCGGCGCCUCUCCCUCCAGCACAUCUCUCCACUCCCGCGCAAGCUCCGUGCUAAGCACCUCUCCCCCUCUCUCCAGCGUACCCACAAUGACGGACUCCUUCGUCGACCCCCUCGCCCAGGAAUCUGACGAGGACGAACCGCGCCUGCUGCGCUCACGGCACAACUCUGACGUCAGUCUCGCCUCACGCAGCAUGGCCAUUGAAGAAGGCGCCCUGCACCGCUUCGGACACCGCGUCCGCACCGGCCUGCUCAACUCCUCGCGCCCUUCGUCUUCGCAUUCAGACCAAGCCUUGCUAUCCGGCACUUUCGACAACGAGGGCUUGCCCGAGCAUCUCCGCGCCCUCCGAGAGUACUUCACAAAUUUCUCAGGCGACGAGCUGCGGACCAAGAUCCAGGGCCUCGGUUGGGAGAAGGCGUUUGACAGUGUCUUGGAGAAUGCGCAGGAGUUGAAGAAUCUAGAGUCGGAGGAUCCCGUCGUGUUUCAGAGGUUCCGCGAAAGUCAAAUCGCGAGCUUGAAGAACCGCAAUCCGGAUCUGCAGGUUGCUGAUGUUAUCGAGAAUGGGAGAGGGGAUGGUGUGAAUGGCGCGGACGGCGCAAAUGCGAACGCGGAGGGGCAUCGCCCGAUGGUGUUCAGGGAUGUCAGUAAGGAUAGCAGGGGUAAUGAGUAUGCGGUUGAGUGAAAGAAUGGAAGUUGUGUAGAAUACGGCAAAUAUGCGUUGGGCGGCGAUGGAGGUUUAUGAUCUGCGAUUGGCAUAUGGAAUCGGACGGCUUCUACAAGCAUGGAGCGCGAGCGUUUUGCAUUUAUACUCUUGCAUCGUUAUCAGUCUCUACUUGGUGGAAUGGUAUCAGUACACUUUCGGCCUUUGUGGGCAUAUUCAGUGUAGUCAGUUGGUAUGUUGCUACUGAUCAUCGUACGCCGCAUUCAAACGCCAUCUGACCGCAUUUUUGACAAUGCACCCAGUAAGUACCAGAUAAUGCGGGAUCCUUGGUAUUGACCGUCUAACCAUACUUGCACUUCGGGCAGCAGAUGGAUUCAUAAAUGCUAAGUCGCCUCUUCCUCUUCUUCUUCAUAGCCUCAGUAGUGUCUACGGCAAGAUGCGGAUAAUCCUCCAGCACUUAAUCGAAC